AUGGUUCGAAUAUGGCAUUUGGCACAAUACUAUAUGCCUUUGUUUAGCUCCAAUAAACCUAUUAUUACAAUUACAUCGAUUAUUGUAGCAGGGUCGAUAUAUUUAUUAGUAUAUUUGACAUCUUCCUUUUUAAUAACGCAUUACUAUAAUGAUCCAAAUAUGUUUAUACCCAAUUCACAAGAUUACUUUAGGACAUUAUUAUUAGGUUUAUUUUCACCAUUUUUAUAUUACUUCAUAAAGAAGAUUUUGCUUAAUAUUAAAAAUAAACAAAUUAUAACAAACAUUGUUUUUGAUUUCCCUUUAAAUGAUCUUUAUAUGUUUUUACUAAUAAUAUGUUUAGCAUAUCCACAAACGCAAGAUCUUUCAAUAACAAUAGAUGAUAGUGGUCCUGACUAUGCAUCCUUGGAAUGGCAUAUAAUCCCAAGGCAAUCUUAUCUAUUUGGAAUCUCAUGGAGUUUGGGUGAGUUUUUGAUUUCAAUUUGUUCAAAUAUUUCCUUAUUUGUAGAAGUUUUUGAAGAAACGGGAGAGGAUGAAUAUGGAAAUAUAUUGGAUAACGCAAAUGAAGACGAUAACUAUGCUGGCAUUAAAAAUACUAGGUUGCCAUCAAAAAGUAGAGAUGAAAUCAGUCUUUCUCAAUGUUUAAAAGUUAGAUACAGUUCAUCAACGUUAUCAAAUAAUGUUUAUUCAUCCCUAAGUAAAACUGUUAACCCAUCUUACGGAAGUACCAAUAAUAAUGUCAAGAAUCAUGAUGACCCUACUAAAAAUAAGGGAAAAGUGACAUCCGCUGAUGAUGAUUUCGAGAAUAAAAUGAUUUUAGUAAACCCUUAUGAUAACUCACUAAUAAUUACAACAAAAAGCGGUACAAAAAAAUUAAAUGAACAAAGAAAGAAUAAGCUAAAUGAGAGAAAUUUGAACAAUAGUGAUUCUCUUUAUUUGAAUGACAUAGACGAAGUUGGAAGAAUUCAUUACUUUUAUAGCAUAUCAUCGACUGAACAAUUCUUGAAACAGCUAGGAGCGAUGAGUUUGAUUAUACUGAACAAUAUUCUGUUGCUAGUCGGUCAAAGUUUAAUGUUGUCAAUAUACUUUAUUUAUGUCAGAGGCCAUGAGCACUUAUUCACAAAAGCAGUUAAUUAUUUCGGACAGAGAUGGAUUGGAGUUUUUUUAUCGUUUGUCGUUCUCCCAUUAAUUUUAAUUGACUUGUUAUUCAGUAUUAUUCUAUACUUUUGGAAGGAUGUUGAAUUUUUCCUAGAAGGAGAGGAUAGUUACUCUGAUUACGAAGAUAAUGGUAUCUAUGAUGGUAAUGGAAAUAUAUUGAUUAACCAUAAUUCAAUCCAGGAUUAUACUUCUUUUGGAAAUAGCAAGCAACGUCCACAUUCUAACCCAAUACUUGAUAUAUAUAGAUAUAAAAAUACCGAUAACAAACAGCAUCAAGAUCUGGACAUGAACAUUAAAAAUAGAGACAAUAAUGGUAGUGACGGAGAUAAAAAUUAUGGCAUUAACCAAGACAAUAGUAGUAAUCCGAAUAAUAAUUUUCUAUUAGCAGGUGCAGAAGGUACUUCCAUUGAUAAUAUGAUGUAUUCGGAUUCGACGUUUUAUAUCCAUGAAGAGUAUGGUUCAGGUGAACCAAGAUUAUUAAGAAUCAUUAAAAAAGGUAUCGAAAUUUGGAGAAACGGAGAUAGAAACGAUAUUUUCUUAUUUGUAUUCUUGACCAUCUACAGUAUUUCCAACUUCAUUGGAGGUCUAAUAUGUACAGUUUACCAGUAG